UUGUAAUGGCAUUAUUAUUGAAGAGCGUUUGGAGAAACGCACUACGCAACACUCCAAUUUGCCAAACAAGACGACACACUAGAAGUCUAACAUCGAGCUGUAAUUGUUAUUUUUCUUUUUUUCGGAACGAGUAAAUGUUUAAGGGUCUGAUACUUAAAUGACAAUGAUGAUUAGAACUGUAGUGGAGUCAUAUAAAGUGAUGCGAAUGUGCUAGUGUUCAAACCCUUAACUGAAGUGAAACAUACAAAGACACCAGAUCCCACAAUGAUGAGUUUGAAGAAUGCUGUAACUCCUGGCGAUGUUAUGGGCUUAGUUCAGUCAAAUUUACCACAAAUGACUGAUCAGCAUAUGCUGCAGGCAUUAAGAAGUCUCUUUCAAUUACAGAAGAACAGCAAUAUUGAAAACUCUGAAGCGGUCAUCAAGGAUCCAGUAUUUGGAUUACUCUGUCAGCAUUUCAAGAAGCAUGCUCGACAGCUUGACGUCAACGAAACAAUUGAAGCAAUGAAAGUUCUAUCAUACCUUGGAGUCUCUGUGAAUAGUCUAAUAGUCCAAACCCUAUUACAAAUCAUAAGAUGCGAGAUAAACUCUAUUGGCAUUCGACAGAUAAUAUUCUUAGAUUUUAUUUUGCAUCGAUUCAAAGAGAAAAAUCAUUUAGUUGAAGCUCUCAAAAUGGCUUUGCCAUUAGCAUUUCAAAUACAUCUACCCUUAGAAAUUGAUAACGAUGAUAUGCAGUUACUCAAAGAUAUGUUAGCAUACUGUUGCCACCACAAUCUUCCAGAUCGUUGUAUUAAUAAUGUUGUAGCUGGCCUGUUGCUCCAUGACCAAGAUCCUGCAAGUGCCAGGUCCAUUGUCAUGUAUUUAAGUUAUGUGAAUUGUACUGAAGAGGUUUACCCUACCAGGGCUAAUUUGCUCAAAGGUUGCUUUGGUGUACUGGCUGAAAAUAUGGACGAUUUACAGUACAAUGAAGUUGUGAAGCUGGCUAGUAGAGUAAAGAGUCGUAUAUUAGAUAAGCACCCUGAAUUUUAUCAUGAACAAAUGCUGGAUGCUAUGGGUGAUUAUGUAGUUAAGCACAAGGUGGGUUUUGAGAAGGCAUUGCUGAUUGCUAGGAUAUUUUCGAGAAUAGCACACACCCACUUAGGACUCGUCCAGUACCUCUGUGAACUGACAGCAUCCAGCCCCACAACUUUAUCAGAAGCUCGCACCAACAUACUCUUUGGCUUCAUCAACUGCCUAUCCAACAUGAACUACAUUCCACCGCCCCCGCAGUGGCAAGAAAUCCAAAGACAGAUAACCACUAAUGCUGUUCUAGAUAGUAACAACUCCAUAUUACCCUGGCCUAAGGUGUGCCUUGAACUGGCUUCGUUAGGGAUCUACAAAGACAAAGUCAUAAAACAUGUGUUCUCAGAGGAGUUUUUAAAUGACUAUUUCAGUAGAAAUCACAAUAAGAUAUUAGAUUACAUGCAAUUGUUCAUGCUCCGUAUAGCAACAAAGACUUUACAUGGUGUGGAAUAUGAGCUCUCUACUGAUGUAAUGAAGGAAACUAUAGCCAUGUAUCCCGUGUCGGCCCUCACUGAUGAUGUUGAGGUAUAUCUGGCUAGAGGUUUGGGGGCUCCUGAGUAUGUCACCAAGAAUGUUAUAAUGCCGUGUGGAAUCAUUAGCGAUCUGUUAAUAUGCCUGAAGGGAGGAUAUCCCGUUACGAUAAAUCGAAAUUGUACCGACACGAAAGUUCAUUUCGAACAGUUACAACUUCCGUCAGAUGCACUUGUAGUGUGCAUUCUAAAUUUUAAAGAAGGCUGUUACUCAAUGAACAGCAAUCGUCUCCGAGGUAGCUUUAGACUCAUCUUAGAUAUUUUGGAGAAACAAGGCUACGUGACCGUCGGUAUUAAUGUAUCGCAGUGGUUAAACUCGCCGGGACACGAGCGAACCCCGUACUUGAUGAGGGAGAUCGGCUACAAAUGCGGGGAAAUAGGAAUAAAACUAUCGGCUACGUGAUGCCGGAAAAAUAAACUUGACAUUGACCUGUGAUCUCGUUUAACUUUGGAUUGAGGAAAAAUGUGGAGUGCACGUUCUGUUGUGUAUCUUGUUAAAAUUUUCGCCAGUGAAAUAGAUUUAAAAAGA